AUGGGUUCUUCUAUAGAUCCUUCUAUUUGGCAGACUCUGGCGGCGAGGCUGGUUCGUGACCCUGGAACACCGGUCGACAAUCCGACCACGUCAUUCUGGCAAGAACCACUGCUUCCGAUCGCUCAACAUGCAUCUUCAAGUCUACCUAAAGACGCCGAGGUCGUCAUUAUCGGCUCCGGCAUUGCCGGGAUCAGCACAGCAUUGCAUCUUCUUCGAAGGGAUCCAAGGUUAAGCAUUGUCAUGCUCGAGGCAAGAACCGCCAUCUCAGGAGCCACUGGCCGAAAUGGCGGGCACAUCAAAGCAGUGCCCUGGGCGGAUUACUUUGCUCUUAAGGAAACGUAUGGCAAAGAGAGUGCGAUGAAGAUCACAAAGUUCCGCCUCGCGCACCUUGAAGCCAUGGUGGCCGAAGCAGAGGCGCUGGGCGAAGAAGGAAAAGUCGGGCUGGUGCGACGGGUCGAUGGUGUCUGCGCGAUCUACGACAAGGACUUCUGGACGCAAGCAAAGCUCAGAUUGGGCGUUUUUCUCGACGACUUCCCCGAAGAAAAAGGGAGAUGGAAUAUACAUGAGGACGAAAAGGAAUUGAAGGCCCUCGAGUUGGCAGAUGCCCACGGCUGUAUUGUAGGUCCUGCUGGUGCAGCAUGGCCGUACCGGUUCCUGGGGGUCGUAUUGUCACGGUUGUUACAAAGUGGGCAAUUGUCCCUGGAGACACACACGGUGGCCAAGGACAUCCGACGAACAUCGUCACCCACUCAUCCUUACGAAGUGCAUACCACGAGGGGCACGGUGGUGACGAAACAUGUCAUUCACUGCACCAACGGCCACGCAGCGCAUCUACUCCCGGCGCUGAAAGGUAAACUGUACCCGCUAAGGGGACAGAUGACGGUGCAGGCGGUGCCCCCUGGUUUUCCCCGGGCUGGGAUGCAGAGAUCGUACUCGCCCAUGUGGGCCAAAGGGUUCGACUACAUUACACAAUCCGCGGGUGAAGAUGGCUCGCUAUACCUCGGCGGCGGGCUUCUGCAGGACGGUCUUGAUAACGACGAGGACUUGGGCAACCCGGACGAUAGUAGACUGAGUGCAGGUUGCCUGAGACACCUUGAAGCUGUGCCUGGUCGGGCGUUUGUGCACGGCAAGGGGUCUACGAUUGAGAAGAAGUGGACCGGCAUCAUGGGAUUCACAGGCGAUGGGCUCCCACUGGUAGACCGCGUCCAUCAGUAUCUGUCGGGGAGGGAAGAAUGCGACCCCGCUGCCGGUGGCGAAUGGCUCGCUGCAGGCUGGGACGGGUAUGGGAUGGUGCAUUGCUGGUUGACGGGCAAGGCUCUCGCAGCCAUGGUCACGGACCAUGAGGAUGAGGUUCUCGAAUGGUUCCCACGGGCAGAAUUCGCAUGUACGCAGGACAGGCUGGCGAGGAUGAGCCCUGAGAGCGCGUUGCGACACUUGCUUGGUCAUUUAGACUAG